AUGCCGCCGCACAUGCACCCGCGCUCGCGCAUGACCGCCUCGCUCUUCACCACCACCCUGAUGGUCUCGUUCCUCGUCGUCGCCGCCCCGCACCUGAUCCCGUGCCCCGUCGACCCGCGCACCCUCAACGACGCCGCCGAUCCCACACGGCGACGCCGGAGACGGCGGCCCGCAGAGAGCCAGGACGAGAGUGACGCACUGGGCGACGAGGGGAGGAAGACGAUGGAGCAGCGCCUGAAUCCGAAGCGCGAGUGUCCGAUUCCCAAGCCGGGGGGGCUGGUUGGCCAGGUCCUGGGCAUGACGACGCGGGGUGCGCACCAGGGCGAGUCUGCCGCGAAGCACGUCGAGACGCUACGCCGCUCGACCAUCGCGAACAGCCCAGACAUGCCGUCCCACCCCCUCACCAAAGCCCAGCGCAUGUCCUACCGCAUCGCGCGCGGCGAAACAGGCGUGCUGACAUUCGAGCCCUACAAGUCCGAGAUCCUGCCGUCCUGGCGUUUCAAAACACCCGCCAUCGCCAAGAAGUCGUCUGCCGCCAUCUACGCCAAGUUCCUCGCGUACCACGACGCCGACGACUUCAUCGGCAUGGACAUGGCGCGCAAGUUCCUGCAGAUGGGCAUGACGCGCGCCAAGCGGUAUGCGAACCACAAGGGCGGGCGCAAGUACGACAAGAAGACUGGAGAGGUGUUGCAAAAGCACCAGGACUUUGAGGGCAGGGAGGAGAAGCUCGAGGCCAGUUUGGUGUUUAGGGAGGUUUGGGAUAGGGCGAGGGGUCAUGAUGGGUAUCAGGCUAUGAAGGAGAGGUUCGUGAAAGAGCAGAAGGAGUGGGAUAGGACGCGGAAAAUGGAAAUCAAGAAAGAGGUGGAGGAUGAAGAGGACGCAGGGGCUGAGACGAAGCCGGAAGAGGAGAGGAGGACAAGGAGCAAGACCGCGACGAAGCCGGAAAAGGCGAGGAACACAAGGAGCAAGACCGAGAUCAAAGAGGAAGAAGGCUGA